AUGUCCUCUGUGGCUUACUUCACCUUUACUUGGACAGACGAUCGCUUGAAAUGGAAUCACAUGCUCAAUUACAGUUCUGUUAUCAAAGCCAUAUAUAGCACAGAGGACAAGCUGUUCAUUCCUCCAGUUGUGGUUGAAAAUUCAGUCAGUAAUUUAGGAUUGAUUAGUGUUCCCACUCUACCUAUAGAGAUAAAAAGUAAUGGAUUCAUCUUGUGGAGCCCUGGAGAUAUCUACGAAACGUCCUGUGACAUUGACACCACCUUUUAUCCAUUUGACAAACAGACAUGUAUUAUUACGCUAACAACUCGAGGUUACUCCAAGGAUAAACUAAAUUUAGAAUUGGGCACGGUACCCAUUGUAUGGAGUGCAUAUAAAGAAAAUGGAGAAUGGACAGUGGUAACCAGCUCCUCAUGGGUCACUACCACAGAUCGGGAUAGGAUUCCCUACUCGCAGAUCAACUUUAGCUUUACUUUCAAGCGUCGAACUGCAUUCCAUCUGAUGAACACAAUUAUCCCGAUGUUUUUGUUGGUUUCCAUGACAUGCUUUGUCUUCAGAAUUCCGGUCGAUGCUGGAGAGAAGCUUGGUUAUUGUUUGACUGUCUUGUUGGCGUUUGCCGUCUACCUGACUCUGAUAUCAGACAACAUUCCGACAACCUCUACACAUACCUCUUAUCUUUCCAUUUUUAUGAAUGUGAUGCUCUCGCUUGGUGUAUCGUCCGUAAUCCUGACAAUUCACAUAAUAAACAUUUACUUUAAACCGGAAGAGGACGAAAUCCCACUAUACCUUAAAGUUUUAGCGAAGAUCACAGCAAGAAUCUCUUUCUUUAAUAAGGAAAGAUGUUGCUGUAAAAAAAGUGAUAGCAAGGUAUUUGAUGCUGUUUUGGAAAAUGAAGACAAGAAGAGAGAAAUAGACGCUGUUCCUUUCGUGAAUACAUUAUAUUCGUGGAACUCGGAGAGCUCCUUGAGAAGAGACUUAUUCAGUUCAUACGAAAAAGAUUCCAGGCCAUCACCAACAGUUGACAUAUUAUGUAACAUCAAGCUUCUGUCCAUCAAGGACUUGGUCAGUAACUUUAUGUGA